AUGAGCAAAGAGUUCCCUCUGAAGGCCUUCCUACGCGCCGUCUCCGACUCCCGCGCCGCCGUCCGCCUUCUGAGCCGCUCCCUCUCCACCCAAAUCGGCCAGUCGGGGAACCGCUCCGCCGGCGGCGCCUACCUGGAAGCGCAGCUCAGCCGGGCUUUCUACGGGGACUUCGAGUCCGCCGGAUUCAAGCGCGGCGGCGCCGCCCGCGUGCUCAACCCGACCCGGCGGGCGGAGGCCAACAUGGUCGCCUACGAGGCCCUCCGGGAGGUCUCGUGGGAGGACGUGCUCACCCGGGGGACCAGGCACUACAGCGAGGGGUUCAGCAGGUUCUGUGACGCGAAGAUGGGGGAAGUGGGCGGUGCUCUGCUCGGCGGUGGCGGUGGUAGCGGCGGCUCGUGGCCGGAACCGCUCUUGCGGGCCUUCUUCGGGGCGGCGAAGGGAGUGUGGCUGGUGCACCUGCUGGCAUGGUGCAGCCACCCGCCGGUGCCCAUCUUGCGCGUGGAGAAGGGAGAGCUCUUCGACGGCGAGUAUAUGGAGGCGCUAGCGGAGGACGGAGAAGGAGGGCGGCGGGCGGCGGCGACGGUGAGGAUGAUGGUGGCGCCGGGGUUCUACGUGCGCAACGGCGCGGUCAAGUGCCAGGUGAUCUGCUCCUCCGCCGGCGAGCGGAGGAAGAUCGUCGGUGCCCAUGCCGGCGUUGUCCUUCGCAAGAGCGAAGAGGAAACCGUUGACAGGUCCCCUAGGCGGUGA